AUGCUGCAAUCUCUCAUUGCUCUCCAAGCUAUACUUGCCAAUGUCAAUAGCGGUGCAGUCCUUUCAAGGUCCCUUUCCUCGUCUACUAUAUGUGCCACAACGACGACGACGACGACGACAGUGCUGGCCAAUAAUUGUAACCGAGUGAUUGCUAUAGAGGAUGAAUAUAGCAAUACUAAUGGCAGAAGCCAUCCUGCCACGGCGACAGGACGAUUCUCUCAACCAUAUGCUGCUGGACCGCCACUGAAUUUUCCUCAUCAACAGCAGCAACGGAAUUAUUUUGAUUCCCCAUUAGGCUGGACUCGUCGGCGGGUCUCAUCGGUGUCUUUCACAUCAAGAUCAUCCUAUUCCACGGCAUCAUCACAGCCCUCGCCAUCAAGUCUGUUUGCAUCACGAGGAGGGGGAAGAGGAGAUGGUAGCGAUGCCGACAAAGACGAUGAAUCGAAAUUGAACUUUUCCACCGACGAGCACCAGGAGAAUAUCGAGUUGCCAUUUCGAAAAUAUGGGUAUCGAUCCACACCGUUUUCGUGGGACGAAUUGGAUCAAAUUGUUGUCAAAGAACAAAACUUGGCCAAACUAUCCAGAAGCGUGGCCCAAGAACAAGAGUAUCAGCGGGCAUUGGUCAAACUGAAACGAGAAUGGAAAUCGACCAAGGAUUACAUUCUGUAUAGCAAAUUCAAUCUACCCAAACAGUUCGAUGAAGAAACCCAAUUGUAUUUUGUAGACGAGAUGGAGCAGGCGGCAUCGACUGCCAAUGGUCAAGACCAAGAACACCCACCCCAACCGCUUUUACGACUGGUGCCGAACGAUUACCCCUACUAUUGUGCACCUGGAAUUGAACAUUGGGUUUUGUGGAAGUAUGGUACUACCAACUCUAUGAUUUCAAGUGAGGAAAUUGACUGGGCCAAAAAAUCCUUACUACAACAACAUCAACAACAAUCUGGUGAUGGAAUGGACCAUGAUGAUGAUGAUGAUGGCAGGAGUAGUUCUACUACCGGUGCUACUCCUAGCAUCGUGACCACCACCACUGCUCCUGUGGACCCCGACAUGAUUGCAUGGGAAAACCCACCAGCAUUGAAGUCACUUCCAGAAAUCAAUCAUGUCCAUAUAUUGCUACGGCAUAUUUCAAAGGAAUAG